CUUGGAGAGCCGAAACCCACUACCAUGACACUUUAAAUGGCGGAUCGCUCAAUAAAGCGCCCAGUGGGAGUAUUAGAAGACAUCCUAGUAAUGAUCGAUCAAUACUACAUCCCGGGAGAUUUUGUGAUUCUUGACAUUGAGGAAGAUGCCAAGGUACCCAUAAUCCUUGGUAGACCAUUUCUAGCCACAGCUGGGGCGAUCAUUGAUGUAAAAAGGGGGAAGCUUGUUAUGGAAGUGGCCGAUCACAAGAUUGAAUUUGAUAUAUUCAAAAUGGCCAAACACCAACCAACUUACAUUGAUGAAUGCAAUAUGGUGGAAAUUUGUGAGGUAAACCCUAGUGAAAUCUUGAAGAUUGACAAGGAGUAUUCGAUUGUUGAAGAACUUCUUGAGAAAUUUGGAAUCUGCACCCAAAAGGAGAUGGACACAUGCGAGCAAGGGAUUUUUGAUCAAGGUGAGGCUGGAGAAAGAAUUUUUGCUGCUCUUGACCCGCUAGGAGAGGAACAUGCACCAAAGGUAGAACUAAAACCUUUACCUCCUAGUCUAAGGUAUGUUUUUCUGGGCUCUAACUCCACUUAUCCUGUAAUUGUUAAUUCUUCUUUGCAUAGUGAUGAAAUUGAUAAGCUGCUUAAUGUGCUUAGAAAACAUAGGAGGGUAAUUGGUUAUAUUAUUGGUGAUUUAAUUGGCAUUGAUCCUAAGUACUGCAUGCAUAGAAUUUAUUUAGAAGAGAAUGCCAAACCUACUGUUGAACCCCUUAGGAGAUUAAAUCCCAAUUUGAAGGAUGUAGUUAAGAAGGAAAUUUUGAAAUUGCUUGAGGCCGACAUUAUAUACCCUAUUUCGGACAGCAAGUGGGUGAGUCCCAUACAUGUUGUUCCGAAAAAGGGCGGUAUAACGGUCAUUGAAAAUGACAAUAAUGAGUUGAUUCCUACUAGACUUGUUACUGGUCAUAGAAUGUUCAUUGAUUACAGAAAAUUGAAUAAGUCUACUAGGAAAGAUCAUUACCCCCUUCCAUUUAUUGAUCAAUUGCUUGAGAGAAUGUCCAAGAAUGAAUACUUCUGUUUUCUAGAUGGUUUUUCAGGAUAUUUUCAGAUUUCUAUUCACCCAGAUGAUCAAGAAAUGACAACAUUCACAUGUCAAUAUGGCACCUUUGCUUUCAAAAAGAUGUCAUUUGGUUUGUGUAAUGCACCAGCUACUUUUCAAAGGUGCAUGAUGGCAAUCUUUUCUAAAAUGGUGGAAGAAAUCAUGGAAGUAUUCAUGGACGAUUUCUCAGUUUAUGAUUGAAGGAAGCUCUAUGUCAUGCUCCAAUCAUUCAACCUCCUGAUUGGAAUCUACCGUUCGAAUUGAUGUGUGAUGCGAGUGACUAUGCAGUUGGGGCGGUGCUAUGCCAAAAUAAGGACAGGUGUUACUAUGUGAUCCAUUACGCAAGCCACACACUUGAUGAUGCUCAAGUCAACUAUGCAACAACUGAGAAGGAGCUUCUUGCGGUGGUGUUUGCUAUGGAGAAAUUUCGGUCCUAUUUGCUUGGGAGCAAGGUGAUAGUUCACACCGACCAUGCUGCUUUGAAGUAUUUAUUCCAAAAGAAAGAUGCAAAGCCGAGGCUGAUCCGAUGGGUGCUCCUACUUCAAGAAUUUGAUCUGGAGAUUAGAGACAAGAAGGGAUCCGAGAAUGUUGUGGCCGAUCACCUGUCCAGACUUGAAGGCCAAAAGGAUGAUGAAUUGCCCAUAGAUGAUUCCUUCAAGGGAGAAACAUUGUACAUCUUGACUAGAUUAGGAAAACGGUAUGUGCCAUGGUUCGCAGACAUUGUGAAUUACCUGGUAAGUGGCUACAUCCCUAAGGAUUUUAAUUUCAACAAAAGGAAAAGGUUUUUGCAUGAUGUGAAAGAUUACUUUUGGGAUGAGCCACUGUUGUUCAAAA